AUUCUUCAUCCAAGUAAUUAACUAGUCUGAGAAAUGCUGUCCAUCAUGAAAGUCUCUGCAUUUCAAGUCUUAUGCUUCCUACUCUUUGUAUCUCUCUCCCAUUGCGAAGCUUUAGCACAUUACAAGUUCGUCGUGGAAGAAACUUCGUACACGAGAUUAUGCAGCACGAAGAAUAUACUGACGGUGAAUGGACGAUUUCCGGGGCCUACACUUCAUGUCCACAGAGGAGAGACAAUUAUUGUAGAUGUUCACAAUAAAGGGGACUACAACAUCACCAUUCACUGGCAUGGGGUUGCACAACCUAGAUAUCCAUGGUCUGAUGGUCCAGAAUAUAUCACACAAUGCCCCAUUCAACCAGGAAAAUGGUUUAGACAGAAAGUCAUUUUCUCUACGGAAGAAGGAACUCUUUGGUGGCAUGCUCAUAGCGAAUGGUCGAGAGCAACUGUUCAUGGUGCUAUAGUCAUAUAUCCUAAGAAAGGAGACAAAUACCCAUUUCGCAAACCAGCUGCUGAAUUCCCCAUCGUAUUGGGAGAGUGGUGGAAAGAAUCAAUAGCGGAGGAAUACAAUAUUGUCAAGUCUGGAAGCGACCCAAAUACCUCCGAUGCACUCACCAUUAACGGCCAACCGGGCGAUCUUUACAACUGCUCUAAAUCAGGAACCUACAAAAUUACAGUUCAAAAGGGUUUGACAUACCUUCUCCGGUUAAUCAACGCUGCAAUGCAAGACGUUCUUUUCUUCUCCAUUGCCGACCACAAUGUAACCGUGGUCGGAUCUGACGCUAGGUAUCUCAAGCCAUUCUCUUCAAGUUACAUCGCCAUCGCUCCUGGCCAAACCAUUGACGUGCUUUUGGAAGCAAACCAAAGUCUUAAUCACUAUUACAUGGCUGCUAGAGUUUAUACCGGACCAGUAGCGACUCCUAGUACCGACUUUACCACCACGACAGCUAUCAUAAAAUACAGUGGGAAUUACACUGCAUCUUCAUCGCCGGUGUUCCCCACUCUUCCAGCCUACAACGAUACUAUAUCAUUUUUCAACUUCAGCAAAAGUUUUCGAAGCUUAGUCGACGAGGACCAUCCAAUUGACGUUCCAAAGAACAUAAGCACAAGAUUGGACUACUUAUUUUUAGUGAAUACUGCAGGACUGUCUAGUGUUAACAACGUUAGCUUUGUCAAUCCCUCUAUCGAUAUAUUAGAAGCUUAUUAUUAUGGCAUCAACGGAGUAUAUGAGACCUCAUUUCCUAAUACUGCACUACAUACAUUGAUAAAGGCGACAGUGGUGAAGGUACUUGACUACAACUCCACGGUGGAGAUUGUUUUACAGAGUGACGACGGGAGAGGCAGCUCCCACCCCGUACAUCUUCAUGGAUAUAGUUUUUAUGUUGUGGGAAUGGGUACAACCACUUUCAACAAUGAGACAGAUCCCUCAACCUAUAAUCUUGUAGACCCACCUUCCCAAAACACAGUUUCUGUCCCUGUACAGGGCUGGACCACCAUUAGAUUUAAAGCUAACAAUCCAGGAGUGUGGCUUAUGCAUUGCCAUUUUGACCGACAUGCGGAAUGGGGCAUGGACACAGCAUUCAUAGUCAAGAAUGGCACAUCGACGGAGGAGAAAUUAUUACCGCCACCAUCUGAUAUGCCACCGUGUUAAGACUGUCUUUGAAUCAUCUUCAAGGUUUCAAAUCAUCUGUGUUAAAAUUAUUUAUUAUUUUCCCACGAAUUUGGCAGUCUUGUUAGCUGCAGGGAAAAUUUAUUUUUACUUGUCAACAUUUGUUCUAUAUAUUUUCUUUAUAACGGAAAUUUGUGUUGGCUGUACGUAAUUAAAUGACUUCAAUUUG